AUGAUAAGGAAUAUUUUAAGAGUCCAGAGUGUGAGGAAUGAUGGUUGGUUUGUUUUGAAGUGCAGAAGAAUCCGAAGGGUACAUAAUAAAUCAGGAGGUGAUGAAAAAAGUGUUGUGGUUAAUAAAUUGUUAGAGAAGUAUAAAACUUUAAGGCAUGAUGAUAAAAUGAAAUUAAUAAAUAGUCAUUUAGUAAAUAUAAAAGAGAAGGAUGUAAAUGAUAUAAUAUAUACUUUUUGUAAGAAAAAAGAGGAAGAGAAAGAAGUUGAAGAUGAAUAUAUAAAAAGGAAAAGAUUAAAAUUAUUGAAAGUGCGAAGACCUGCUUAUUUACAACAAAAAAAAAUAAAGAAAAGAGUUCAUAACGAUUUCACCAUACCAAAUGAAUAUGAAGAAAAAAUGUGUAUAGAAAAAGAAAAGGAAUUAAAAGAUAUUGAAAAAUAUACAUUAAUUGAAGAUAUGUAUAAAUCAUAUAUAUAUAGUAUAGCAUUUAUUUUAUUAAAUAAUCAAUAUAAAACGAAACAUUGUAUAACAAAUAAUUUUGUGCAUGUAAUGAUUAAUACUAUAAGAAAUGAGAUUUUACAAAAAGUAAGACCAACCUUAAUAAAUGAAUUUAGUAUAUAUAAGAAUCCAUAUAUGUUAUUAAAAAAUGCAAUGUUUAAUUUUAUAUUACAUCAAUAUGUGAAAAAUCCUUAUGAGGAAUCUUUAAUCGAAACUUAUAUAAACAAAAAGAUAUAUAUGAACAUUUUAAAAAUAAAUAGCGCAAGGGUACCUGUGGAGGUAUACGAACCAUUAGUAGCGUUCAGAGGAGAUGUUAAUUAUAAUUAUGAUUUAGAGGAAAAAUUUAAUGAUAUGAUAGAUAUUUCUCAAAAUAUAAUAAAUAUUCUUACAAAGAAAAAUAUAGAUGAUAAACAAAAGGAAAAUAAUCAAAAUGACAGUACAUAUGAUCAUACAUAUUCUAAAGAUAACUACAUGUCUAAAGAAGAGAUGGAUUCAAUUAUUAAUGAGGUUUUAAAAAUAUUACCAGAGAAUAUUAAAUAUCACUAUGAAAAUUACCCUUUUGAGAAUCUUAAAUCAUUCAAAAGUAAAAAACAAAAGAAAUAUAUUGGAGGUAUAAAAAAUAACAAACCAAUAAAUAUACAUGAGGAGGAAUUAAGUAUGGUGCGUUAUCCAAAUUUACAAAGCGUAGCUCAUUCAUUACCAAAAGAUGAAAAAUAUAGAGAUAAUGUAAUACAUGCUAUUAAAGUUUUAGAAAGAUCAAAACAUUGGGAUCAUCAAAGUAAAAUUAAAGCAAUCAAUACAUUAAUCCAGGUCUGGAAUAGUAUGAAUUCUAGUGACUAUUAUGAAAACAUGUUAGACAAAUCUUUACCAGUAUUAUAUACAAAAAAUCUUCUCAGAAAAACAAAAACCAGAAAAGAUACUUAUAAUAAAGGUUUAACCUAUAUACAAUCCUUAACAACGCAAAAGCCCCUAGCCAUGCGCCUUAAAAAAAAUUAG